GAGACUUUUCAGGCGGAAAUUAAAAUUCAAAAAUGGAUUCUGACUUCCAGAGGACUCCACUCCAUCAUCCUUCUCUCUCUCACUUUCUCUCUCUACAUUCAGAUUCAUCGUACAAAUCGGAGUGGAUCGGCGAUCAGAUCUCUAAAGAAGAAGAAAGAAAUCAAAAUGGAUAGAGCAACUCCAGUGAGAAAGCCUCACUCAUCAACUGCAGAUCUACUCACUUGGUCUGAAAAUCCGACCGUCGAUUCACCAGCUACUGCUUCCGCCGCGCGUUCUGCUUCCCGUUCUCAUCAGCCAUCUGAUGGGAUCAGUAAGGUAGUGUUUGGAGGUCAGGUUACUGAUGAAGAGGUUGAGAGUUUGAAUAAGAGGAAACCUGUUUCAGGAUAUAAACUGAAGGAGAUGACUGGUAGUGGAAUCUUUGUGGCUGGUGCAGAAAAUGGAGAUGAAGAGAUAGAUGCUACACCUAGUAAUAAAACUGGUGUAAGGUUAUACCAGCAAGCUGUAGCUGGGAUAAGUCAUAUAUCUUUUGCUGAAGAAGAAAUCAUUACUCCAAAGAAACCUACAACACUAACUGAGGUUGCAAAGCAGCGUGAGCUUAGUGGAAAUCUGGAAAGCGAUUCUGAUGCAAAGAUGCAGAGACAACUAUCUAAUGCUAAAUGCAAAGAGCUUAGUGGGAACGAUAUUUUUGCACCACCUCCUGAAAUUCAACUCCGACCAUUGGCUGCUCGAGCAUUGGCUUUGAGAGAAACCAUAGAAAUUGGAGAACCUGUAUCUAAGUUCGAUGAUCCUAUGUUGAAGACUUCGAAAAAGAUUCCUGACCAGAAAUUUGCUGAGCUGAAUGGAAACGACAUAUUCAAAGGAGACGGUUCUUCAUCUGCAAGCAAUGACAAAACUCUGAGCUCGGCAAAACUUCGAGAAAUGAGUGGCAGUGACAUAUUCUCCGAUGGGAAAGUGGAGGCUCGAGACUACUUUGGUGGGGUUCGUAAACCUCCGGGUGGUGGCAGCAGUAUUGCAUUGGUGUGACUUGCUAUAUUAGGUUCGGUUCUGACUUUAUUAUUAUUAUUAUUACAAUUAAGAUUGUCUUUUAUAAUGGGAGCUAUUUAUCUAAAUCCUUAUUGACUUUGUUUGGGUGUUUUUCUUUUAAUGGCUAGGUUUUUGAGAAUGUUGUGUCUGAACUAUGUUUUGUUUUUGUGUUGUUUCCUAAUCUUGUUGCUUUGACAAGCUGAUAUCUUUUAUAAAUCACCUUGACAGUUAGUUUUGUUUUAUUUA